AGGCCAAUUUGGAUUUCAUGCAGACUUUAAUUAAAUGAGUAACUGAAUAACAUAUUAGACAAAGUAUUGCCAGAUACUUUGCAUAUUUUUUUUUCUCUGCGCAUUGAAAAAUAUUUCCAAACAAAGCAGAAUCAAAUGCAUCCCUGUACAACACAAUGUAGUGGAGUUUCGUUCCUGAACAAAUCUGUUUUGUUCAACAAUUUGGUUAAAUGAAUGAUUCAAUGAAUCGUUUGUAAAGACAUAGCCACCUACUUUCAUAACUGUGUAAAUAACCUCUCACUGAAAAAUUCCCACCACUAAAAUUCACAGUCUGUCUAAAAUGUGCAGUGAAAAGUGCUGUUUUGACCUGCAUCUGAAACUGUACUUCCAUGAUAUAUAGAAUGUGAAAAACACUUUACAAGUAGUAUGGCCGAAUUCAUUAGAAUUUAUAAGAGUAUGUGAAAAAUACUAGGAUGGUUACUAUUUCUGCUGAGAUUGGAAAGCUGCUGGACCAAUCAAAUUCAAGGGCAGUAAUACAUAAAAUAUAUAUAUAUAUAUAUAUAAAAUAAAAAUAACAUUUACAAAUAUAAAGUUUCAUUGUUCAUGGUGGGGACUUUCCAUUAACUCCUAUUGUUUCAUACUACGCUAGUGAUGUUUUGUUUUCCCCUUUACCUCCCUAAACAAAAACAGUUUUUUUCAUUUUCAUUAAAACACUAUUUAGCAUGUUUAAUAAGCUGUUUUCUUUGUGGACAUUUUGGCUGAUUUCACCAUGUACUAUCCUUCUGGAGGCAUUUGCUUCCCAUGAUGUAGGCAAAACCUGACCCACCUACACACACACAGACUAUACUACAUGAAUACACACGACUCAACUAUACAUUACAACAAAGGGUUUUUUAUAUGACACUGAACCUAAUGCUGCACAUAACUUUUCCUCAACGUUCAUCCAUGCGAAAGUAAACCACUCCCUUUUGUCCUAAUAGAAUAUAAUCCUUUUCACCCAUGGGUUGCGUUGUCCCCCCUCCUUGCUAAAUCGGGUGAUGAUUUUAUCCACCAUGCUGCGAUGUUUUGUCUGGCUCUGCGAGGUGGGGGAGGACGAGUUAUAUUUAUGAUAAUGAUAGUUUGUCAGUUCUAAAUCAGGACACAAAAAUUGAUUUAAGCAAAGCCUUAAAUGUUCACAGGCUUUUAAGCUCUUUUGCUCCACAAAAUUCAUCCUCACUCAUUUUUGUUCCUAAAACAAUGUUUUGUUACAAUAGCAUUUACACUCUUAAGAACAAAACGUAUUGUACCUUGUGUAAUUAUACUGUAGCCUUCCUCUCACCUCAAAGUAUAAAUAUCACUCAUUUUGAAACAUUUUCCAAGGUGUACGCAACACCAACUCCCAGUGAUCUGAAACGGUUCAUCAUUCCAUACAUAGAAAUGUCUCUCCAAUCCAUUAUUUACUGUUUUCAGCUUCCUCGCAAUGAUGUGAGAAUGUUGUGGAUAUUCUGCCUGCUCAUUCGUGACUAAUAGGCCUCUGUAGCCAUGACCAUCAUCUAAAAAGUUUUGGUUUUCUGGGACAUCCAUGUUCAGAGUUUAGGGAUGUAUCACCAAUGCCUUCAGGAUCAGGUGUGGACAAUUUUGUUCAAUACUUUUGUCAUUGUAGGGUUUUUCAGUUUAAUAUCAUGUCUAAAACCUUAGCGGAGCACUAUUCACCUUAAAGCAAACUUAGCCAGCAUUGGCUAAAUACUAAACAGGGGGGAAAAAAGUCAAAUCUAUCCCCUCUGCUCCCUCACCUGGCCCUUCACACACCUGCUUUUUUGUCAUGUGACCCUAUGACCUGAUUCUCUCCACUAUUUAGUUCUCGUCUUUUGCUCUCUGUUCUCUCCUUUCCUAACAGAUUUCCCUCCCUCUCGCUCUCUCCAUCCAAGGCUUUAUCCUUUCAGCCCUGAUCUCACUUCAUCCCCUCCAAUCCUCAUCUAGCCAUCACAAAAGCAUCAUAGAGUUUACAGAGAGAGAGAGAGAGAGAGCGAGAGGGAUCAGAAGGUGCGUAAAGCAGAAAACCUGAAUGAACAGUGUCCCGAGAAAAGACAAGUGGAUAGAGAAUUGGAAAGGAAUAAGAAAUAUAAAUACAGCGGAGAAACAUCCAAGAGGAACAGGAGUUUUCCCCAGCAUUCUCUUGGCUCUACUGAGCUCACUUCCUGUCUGUAUCUGUGGGUGACCGUGCCUGACAACCACUGCCAUGGGUGAAAUGGAGCAACUGCGAAAGGAGGCGGAGAGCCUGAAGGAUGAAAUCACUGCGGCUCGUAAAGCAGUGCAGGACCUCACACUGCAGGAUCAUGUGGCGGGGACAGCUGUUGUGGGACGUGUCCAGCUAAAGACCAGGAAGACAUUGAGAGGACAUCUGGCCAAAAUCUAUGCCAUGCACUGGGGGACGGACUCAAAACUGUGUGUUAGUGCGUCUCAAGAUGGUAAACUGAUUGUAUGGGACAGCUACACCACCAAUAAGGUGCAUGCAAUCCCACUGAAGUCCUCAUGGGUGAUGACAUGUUCGUACGCACCUUCAGGAAACAUGGUGGCAUGUGGAGGACUUGACAACAUGUGCUCCAUCUAUAACCUGAAGGGCAAAGAUGGUAACGUGAAGGUGAUGCGUGAGCUCGCAGCACACACAGGUUACCUGUCCUGCUGCCGCUUCCUGAGCGACAGUGAGAUCAUCACCAGCUCUGGAGACUGUACCUGUCUUCUGUGGGACAUUGAGACAGGAACAGAGAAGACCGUCUUCGCUGGCCAUCUGGGAGACUGUAUGUCUCUGGCUGUGUCCCCUGACUUCAACACUUUCAUCUCAGGAGCUUGUGACUUCACAGCCAAACUGUGGGACAUCCGUGACGGUCAGUGCAGACAGACCUUUGGAGGCCAUGAGAGUGACAUCAAUGCCAUUGGGUUUUUCCCCAAUGGCAAUGCAGUGAUCACAGGUUCAGACGACGCUUCCUGCAAGCUGUAUGACCUGCGUUCAGACCAGGAGCUCAUCACGUACCAGGACUCCAGCAUCAUGUGCGGAGUGACUUCCAUCGCUCCCUCCCUCUCUGGAAGACUCAUCCUCGCUGGGUACGACGACUUCAACUGCAACAUCUGGGACUCGCUUAAGGCGGAGAGAGUGGGAGUGUUGUCUGGUCAUGACAACCGAGUGAGCUGUAUCGGCGUGACACCUGAUGGGAUGGCCUGCUGCACAGGAUCAUGGGAUAGCUUUCUGAAGAUCUGGAACUAAAACGCUGUCUCAAAGAGAGGCAAAAUCAGAAUAUGUCAAAGACAGGGUAAAAUGUAAAGGGGACAAUUGGAACAGGACUAUGGGAUAUAGUUGUAUAAGUAGGGAGGGAAAGAGAUAUGUUUGUUGUGCCGUCACAACGAGAAAGAUUGUGAAUAAGAAAACCUCAUUUAGAGAUGGGCUUGAUCUGUAGAAUAGUCUUGUCAAAGAAACCAUGCAAUAACAGAAAACUUGUUUUUUUCAGGGACUGCUAACUGCAAAAGUGGGCAUUUACCAAGCCAUGACCUAUUUGGUGAUUUGUGAGGUAAUUUUUGGAUAGGGUCAUUAACACAAGGGUGUGUUACAGCAUAUUAUCACUAUAGCAUAUGAAAUAAGUCUUUCAACACUAGUUGAAUCACGCUUACUGAUAUCUAAAUGCAUCCUGUGCUAUCAAACCUAUAUGACAGAGGUUGCCAAAAUAGUUGCGCAAGAUUGAGUAUAAAAUUUCAGUCUACACAGAAUGACAUUUUCACUUUUAUAAAAUGUGGUUUACAAACUAUAGAUUAAAUGAGUUUUAGUGAGAUUGUCUGAUUGAACUUCUUUUGUUAAGUUUAGUGUUAGAUUUUUUUGAUAGUGCACUGAUAGUGUCAUGUUUUUUUUUCCUGCUUAUUCAGGCCAAUAAAAUAAAAACUAUUGACAAACUCGACU